AUGCAAGUCGGGGCAGUGAAUGACCUGGUUGCUGUUGUCAUCCAAGGCCAGAGAAGUGAUGAGAAGUCUGUGUGUGAGAAAUGGUUUAUUAAUAUAUCUGUUUUAUUUCAGGAGGAUGUGGAAACAGGAGUCCACCUUGAUCCUGCUAUCAAGGAAGUUCAGUACAACCCCACUUAUGACACCAUGUUUGCACCUGAGUUUGGACCAGAGAACCCAUUUAGGACACAGCAAAUGGCUGCACCUAGAAAUAUGCUUUCUGGAUAUGCAGAACCAGCUCACAUCAAUGAUUUCAUGUUUGAGCAACAAAGAAGAACAUUUGCAACCUAUGGCUAUGCAUUAGAUCCCUCCAUAGAUAACCCUGAAGUUGCUACCAAAUAUAUUGGCUCUGUAGAAGAAGCUGAGAAAAAUCAAGGUUUAACUGUGUUUGAAACAGGACAAAAGAAAAUUGAAAAAAGGAAGAAAUUCAAGGAGAACGAUGCAUCUAACAUUGAUGGGUUUCUGGGACCAUGGGCAAAGUAUGUUGAUGAAAAAGAAGUAGCCAAACCAUCUGAGGAAGAACAGAAGGAGCUGGAUGAAAUAACAGCCAAGAGGCAGAAGAGAGGAAAGCUGGAAGAUGAUAAACCUGGAGAGGAGAAGACUAUAUUACAUGUUAAGGAAAUGUAUGACUAUCAGGGGAGAUCUUAUCUUCACGUCCCUCAAGAUGUUGGGGUUAAUCUCCGUUCGACGGUACCACCUGAGAAGUGCUACCUUCCAAAGAAACAAAUCCAUGUGUGGUCUGGACAUACCAAGGGUGUCAGUGCAGUUAGAUUGUUUCCCCUCUCUGGGCAUUUGCUGUUGUCUUGCUCUAUGGACUGCAAAAUUAAGCUGUGGGAAGUAUAUGGUGAUCGAAGAUGUCUGCGAACAUUUAUUGGACAUGGCAAGGCUGUUCGAGACAUCUGUUUCAACAACGCCGGCACCCGCUUCCUCAGUGCUGCCUAUGACAGGUACCUGAAACUCUGGGACACUGAAACAGGACAAUGCAUUUCCAGGUUCACAAACAGGAAGGUUCCUUAUUGUGUCAAGUUCAACCCCGAUGAAGAUAAACAAAAUCUCUUUGUUGCUGGCAUGUCAGAUAAGAAGAUUGUACAGUGGGAUAUCCGAAGCGGUGAGAUUGUGCAGGAAUACGACAGGCAUUUGGGAGCUGUCAACACCAUUGUGUUUGUGGAUGAAAACAGGAGGUUUGUGAGCACAUCUGAUGACAAGAGCUUAAGAGUCUGGGAAUGGGACAUUCCUGUAGACUUCAAGUACAUUGCUGAGCCAAGUAUGCACUCGAUGCCAGCCGUGACUCUGUCUCCAAAUGGGAAGUGGUUGGCCUGCCAGUCGAUGGAUAACCAGAUCCUGAUCUUUGGAGCUCAGAACAGGUUCAGGUUAAACAAGAAGAAAAUUUUCAAAGGUCACAUGGUAGCUGGCUAUGCUUGCCAAGUGGAUUUUUCACCUGACAUGAGCUACGUGAUAUCUGGAGACGCCGACGGGAAGCUGAACAUCUGGGACUGGAAGACAACAAAACUCUACAGCAGAUUAAAAGCACAUGACAAAGUCUGUAUUGGUGCAGUGUGGCAUCCACAUGAAACCUCCAAAGUCAUCACCUGUGGCUGGGAUGGUCUUAUUAAACUGUGGGACUAAAGAGGAUG